AUGCUGCCUAUACAGUCUCUGAAUGGGGGGGCUCCUCGACCUCAGGGAGCACAGUCGGCUCCCCUUUCUGCUCCCGACGGUGGCGAGCCUCGCCAGCAGAAGCCCAAGACUCUUCCUUGCAAAUACUGCAAUAAACGCUUCAGGCGGGUCGAGCAUGUGCAGAGACACGAGAGAACCCAUACCAAGGAGAAGCCCUUCCAAUGUACCUGGGACCGUUGUGGUAAAACAUUCGGCAGACGGGAUCUUCUAGUAAGGCAUGAGAAGCUUGUUCAUCUCAAUGAUAACAACAAGGACAAUGCCCGGCCUAGGAAGCUCUCCUCCAACCUAGCUCAGCAGCCGUCCAUAAUCAACGGCCAUGGCGAAGGAGGAGCCAUGGGUGUGAUCCGCCCAGUCCGACAACAGCCAUUAUCACCACAGUCACAACAGCCCGCCCUUUCUCAUCCUCAGCAUCAUCAGAACCUUCGACCAGAGAAGCCAGCUCAGCACUUUCACCAUCCGAAUCACGUGUCUUCGAUUUCCAGUGGCUCACUCUCUGAUGGACAGCGCGGGUCAAGGUCAGAUGCUUGCAACUUGGCCAUGCUCUCGGAUGCUGCUCUUGCAAGCGAGGUGAAUCCGAUGCAGCCAGGAAUCGGCGACGCGUCCCAGCAACCACCGGCACACGACAGGCCGAAGAGCUUUAGCAGCAGUUCAGGUCCCUAUGACGAGAGACCCCGGGAAGACUCGCAGGCCAUCGCAUCGGCAUAUAUGCCAUCGCCGCCGCAGGGUUCCAGUGACGACUACAAUCUCUUCCUCGACGAUUUCGCCCCUACGCCACACCUGCUCCCACCGCCCUACGACUUGUACCAACGAACUGGUAGCUGGUCUCGCGCUAGCGCGGCUAAUGGACCGCGGGGAUCAGGCUCAAGACCCUCCCAAGCUCCUGGAGGGGCCAGUUCAGGAGGACAGGACAGUCGUGAGCAGUCAGAUCAUAGUUCCAGGAACGAGGACUCCAGGGUAUUAUCCUUGCAGGUCUCAGUAGUUGACCACAACACUAUCAAGAAUAGGCUUGAUGGCUUUUCAUCGGUACUUCCCAACGACUUCGUCUUCCCGUCUCGCCAUACCCUCACUCGAUUCCUUGAGGGUUAUAUCAGCGGAUUCCACGAGCACCUUCCCUUCUUGCAUCUCCCGACACUUUCGCCAGCGGAGAUGGCACCCGAGCUUCUGUUAGCAAUUCUUGCGGUCGGCGCUCAACACAGGUUCGAAAGCAACCGAGGGUACGCCCUCUGGUAUGCCUCGAAAGCAGUUGCCAUGGAGCAGAUAAGGAGGAGGCAUAGCUCCGAGGUCCAUGCUCUUCUACCAACUGCCGCAGCAUAUAGCCCGCAUUCCACCAGACCGUCUCCAAACUCAACGUAUAGGCAUUCAUUUGCCUCGGCCCAGUCUGAGCGACCACUAACACAAGAUACUCAUCGAGAGCCAUACUCACCCAAUACACCACAAGCUCGACUUGAAACCAUGCAGGCAGUGCUGCUAUUGUUUGCUGUUGGGCUCUGGGGCGCUAAAACCAUAUUGCACGAGUCUCUUGCGAUGCAAAGCACUCUCUCCGUCCUCGUACGAGAGGACGGUUUGGGAAACCCGAAUGCCCAAGGCACGUCCAAUGACUGGGAAACAUGGGUUCGUCUCGAGGGAGCAACGCGGACAAAGCUCGUUGCCUUUUGUUUCUUCAACCUCUGCAGCACCGCAUAUAACACUCCACCGCUGUUACUGAUAUCGGAACUGAAGCUUUCGUGCCCGCAGCCUUCUUUGCUGUGGCGAGCUGAGUCGGCCUGGCAGUGGCAGGAACUGAGGCAGUCGAACCCGGCGACCGAGUCUACGGUGCACGAGGCGUUCGCUCGACUUUUCAGCAGAUCGAACCAUGCCAUCCCCCUCCAGAUGUCAUCUUUAGGGAACUACGUCCUGAUCCACGCCCUUCUGCAGCAUAUAUAUCUUUUGAAGCAGACGUCAUUUGCCGCUGGCUCGCCCUAUGAUGUUCAUCGAACUCUUAAACCAGAAGACGCCGAGGACGUCGCGCAAGCUUUACAGGUGUGGCAAACGAGUUUUGAGCAAAGGCUCCAAGCAAGGGUCACGGAACCGGGACAGAUCAACGGCACAGACUCUAUUCCCGGCGGAUCACUGGCAUACAACGCCUCGGCCCUUUUUAGGUUGGCUUAUAUUCGUCUCUAUACAGAGCUGCCCCCUAACUUGGGAUUGGAUUCGAGGGAUGCCUUGCUGGUUGCGUCUGCUUUAAGCGGCACCCCCUUACUGGUCCGCAGUUUACGGCUUCACCGCGCCGUUUUCCAAGCGGUGCAUGCUCUGUCAGUGUUGGUCAAGGCAGGGGUAAAAUAUGUGGCACAUACCAAGUCAUCAGAAUGGAGCAUCCAACAUUCCCUCUGCAACUUCGAAUGCGCAAUACUAGUGGCCAAAUGGCUGCUCACACUGUCAUCCAUCAGCCGCUCUGACCCGCCAAUCUCGCCGGAGGAGAGAAAUUUGCUCGAUACGGUUCAACGAAUGCUCGACGAAACGGAGUUUGCGGUGCCUAUUGACCCUUCGCUAUCGGCCAUGAGCCAAUCGGAAGGUUUGGCAAACGAAGUUACGAAGUUACGCCGCCUGGCGAGUGCAGUGGUUCGACUUUGGGCAGAAACAUUCAAGGGGAGCCACAUCUUUGAUAUUGUCAAAGUUAUGGGUCUGAGCCUUGAUGGAUUUGCGGAUAUAAUUGACAAGCCCAGAGACAGGAUAGGAUCCAUUGGUCGAGUUCCCGGUCUGGCAUAA